CCGGGUACAAAAGCCUCUUUCACCGGUAUGAGGAACCCUGAAGAACCCUGCCGCGUCAAAACGGGAGAAAAAAAAAAGGUGUGAGCAAACAGGACCAGAUCCAAGCGUGACUGGAGGACUGAGGGACAUCUAGAGGAACAUCAAUGCCAUGAAGACAACUCCAGCCGGGUUCUAGUAGAGUUGUGGCACCCAUGGGAGUUGGGUCUCGAUCAAACAGACGCUUAAAUUGGUCCAAAAAAGAUGUUUUUUUCCGUGUAUCCUGCACCGUGGCAGCUUUGUUCGCUUUUCUCUUCCUGCUCGGGGUUUGUUUACGCCACUUGCCGGAACCACUCCCGCUGCAACACCGCAGUGUUUCCGGUUCCGAGCGGGAGGUAACGCUUUUGAUUUGGACUCAUCCCUUCGGCCGGUACCGGGAACUUCCGGAUUGUUCCGCGCUUUACGACAUCGACGGCUGCGUGGUGACGGAUGACGAGCGCGCGUACACUCACGCGGACGCAGUGGUGGUGCACCACCGUGACGUCGCCACCGGAAGUGCUAAGCUGCCCCCUGAACCUCGCCCUGAUGGGCAGAAGUGGGUGUGGUUGAACUAUGAGUCUCCAGUUCACACCCCGGCUCUGUGGAGCAUGGAGGGGGUCUUCAACCUCACCAUGAGCUACCGCGCAGACUCGGACAUCUUCCUCCCGUACGGGUACCUGGUCCCGGAAGGGGUCCAGAAGAAUGGUGGCCACCCACUCCAAGUAUCCUCUAGAUCUCGCCCCCGCCUCGUUGCGUGGGUGGUCAGCAACUGGGUGGAGUCCCACGCCCGUGUGGCCUUCUACCAUGAACUCCGCCAACACGUCCAAGUGGACGUGUUUGGCAGAGCGGGGCGGAAGUUACCUGAAGGCAGCAUGAGCGUGAUUGGACUCGUGAAACGGUACCAGUUCUAUCUGGCCCUGGAGAACUCCCAGCAUACGGAUUACAUCACAGAGAAGCUGUGGAACGCCGUGUUGGCCGGCGCUGUGCCUGUAGUUCUGGGUCCAGCUCGGAAAAACUACGAGCGUUUCCUACCCCCCGAGGCCUUCAUCCACGUGGACGACUUCCCCACGGUUCAAGGCCUGGCCCGCUACUUGCUGAUGCUUAAGCGGGACCCUGUGCACUUGAUGCGGCACCUGCGCUGGAGGAGGGACUUCAGUGUGUAUCAGCCUGUCUUCUGGACAGAACACUACUGUACGGCCUGCAUGGCGGUCAGGAAGAACCGGGGCAGGACUAAUGUGGUUCAGGACUUGACUCUAUGGUUUGAGUCCUAAUGAUUAUUUAUCAUCUGUUUUAAACAUCCUCUAUUGUGCAAAAAGUAACAUUAAUAUAUGUUGCUAGGAUACUGGUGUCAAACUCCAGGUCCGGGGGCCAUAUGCGGUCGGUGAAAG